GCCUCAUCAAACGGUUUGCAGACGUUGAGUGCGCUACACACGCUUUAAUGUUACGCGGUCGGUGGACUUUUGAGAGAAAUAUCGGUGCGAAAAAUAUCGAGUUACAAAUGUUUGAGGAAAUUGUCGGAAAAUUGAUAAAUACGAAAUAUAUUUAAAAAAAAACAUAUAUUUAAAAUAUACAAGAAACAGAAACUUGCAAAUUGAUGCUUUGAUUUCUUACGCAAUUUUGUGAAUGGCCGAACAGGCAUCAAUUACAAUACAAUCAAAAGCGUAAGAUCAACAGCGAUAACAAUUACAUCAACAAGCAAAUCAAAUUAAACCAACAACAAAAACAACGGCGACACAUACAAAAUGUGUUCGAAAAAUCAAAUGAGUGUUCUCAUGGAGAAAUUAAAUACGACACUCCAGUCGUGUCCCAUCGGCUGUGUCAACGAACCCGACACGCUCAGUGCCAACAACGACAGCCUACAAACGACGCCGGAUAGUACGCUACAGAAGCCGUCACAACAGCAACGCAACAGUAACAACAACAACGAAGCACACAACAAUCACAACAACAGUAGCAGUAAUAUUAACAGUGCUAACAACAACAAUCACUUAACGAACAGUGCCACAAGCGACACAUCAUCAGCGUCCUUCCAACAGCGUUUCGAUUUCAAUCGCUUGAAGGCGCGUCUACCAGAACUCAAUUGUUUACAUAGUAUACAGCGUUAUUGGCAGCAGCAGCAACAGCAAGAGCAACAGCAGCAACAACAUAACGAUAACAACAAUAGUAACAUCUUAACAGCGACGCUCAGAGAUGAAUCAGGCAGCGGCAGCGGCGGCGGCUCUUACUACACCACCAACAUAUUAGGCUGCACCAUCAGUUAUCCGUUUGGUAAGGCGCCAAAGUCGGACGACAAUAAGGAGACGCCCUUACAGAAGUUCUAUCGACAUCAACAGCAAAAGAAAAUGCCAGCAUUUCGUGGUAGACGGGGUUGGUGUGGGUGCUUUCAGGAUGACGAACCACCGGAAAUUUGUGUGGUUGAAGGCGCAUUCACGCUACAAACACUCACACCUACACAACCCAUGCCCUCCGUGGACGAAUUGGAUGCGAAAUUUGCAGAACUCGUGGAAGAACUCGACCUUACCGCACCCAAUAAAGAGGCCAUGCUUAAUUUGCCGCCACAAAAGAAAUGGCAAAUCUAUUGUUCACGCAAACAACCAAUCGAUACAACGGACGGCAAUGCGGCGGCGAUCGCACAACCACCCACAGCCGAUUACUAUAUCGAAAACCUCAAGGCGUUAGCACGCUAUGUGACGCUCAGCUUUGACGAUUCCAACAGUCAUGAAUACUUUAUGCGCAUCGAGGGACAUGGACCAUUCUUGGAUGCACUCAAAACAGCGUUACGCACAUCGACGCACAGCUUUGUGUUGCGUUUUGUCGAUCUCGACGGCUUACCAUGUCUGCUCAAUCUGCUGCAACAGAUGGACGUUUGCGUGAUGAACAGUCAGCUGCAUACACGUAUUAUUGGCUGCAUUAAAGCGCUGAUGAACAACUCGACUGGACGGGCACAUGUGCUGGCCCAUCCCACCGCGAUCGACAUAAUUGCGCGUUCGUUGGCGGCGGAUAAUGUCAAAACGAAAAUCGCGGCUUUGGAGAUUUUGGGUGCCGUCUGUUUGGUACCCGGUGGUCAUCGUAACGUCUUGCAGGCUAUGUUGAACUUCCAGGAAUUUGCGGCAGAGCGUGUGCGUUUUCAGACCGUCAUCAAUGAUCUGGAUCGCAUGCGUGACGCCUACAGUGAUAGCAUCAAUCUACAGACCGCCAUUAUGUCAUUCGUCAAUGCUGUGCUGAACUACGGACCCGGACAGGAGAGUCUCGAGUUCCGUCUGCAUUUGCGCUAUGAAUUUCUGAUGCUUGGCUUACAGCCGGUAAUCGAGAAAUUGCGUAAGCACGAGAACGAGACGCUCGAUAGACAUUUGGAUUUCUUCGAAAUGGUACGCGCCGAAGAUGAGAAGGAGCUGGCACGCAGAUUCGAUCACGAACAUGUGGAUACGAAAAGCGCUACAGCCAUGUUUGAUUUGUUGCGACGCAAAUUGAGCCACUCGCCGGCAUACCCACAUCUGUUAUCGUUGCUGAAACAUAUGUUGUUGUUGCCAUAUACCGGACCCAGCACACAACACUGGCUCAUGUUUGACCGUGUCGUACAGCAAAUUGUGCUACAGACCGAAGGACGCCCACAAAGUGGCAUCGAUCACGAUGACCCAAACAAAGAGAAACUAUCUUCGCUCACAGUACGAGAUCCCGAUGUCGCGCCACUACAAAUAAACGUCGGCGAAAUUGUACAGUUGUUGGUGAAAGAGGAAGAACUGACGGAGGCACGUAGGCGUGCCGACGAAUUGGAACGUGAAAAUUUCGAAGUGCAAUCACGACUCGCCAAAAGGGAACAAGAGCUGGAUCAGCGACAACAGGAGAAGGAGGAUUUGGAAACAAGUUUGACGCGUAUGCGGGAACGACUCGAAAAAGAGUCGGCCAAUCACUCACAAGCCGUACAACGCGCACAAACCGCCGAAAUGAAGGCGGAGGAUCUACAACAUCGUCUCAUGACCGAACAGCAAGAGCGUGUACGUCUCGAACGACUAGUCACCGAAGGUAGCAUACCGGAUGAUCAGAAAGUAGCCGGUCUUACCGGUUGUAAUGGCGCCGUCUCACCACCGCCGCCACCACCACUCAUGAAAAUGGUGCCACCACCGCCACCGCCAAUGGCUGCUGCGCCACCACCUCCACCACCCUGCCCAGGCGCGCCACCACCCCCCGCCAUGUCAACGACAAUGGCGCCACCGCCACCUAAAACCGAGGUGCCCAAAAAGAAUGUGCCACAACCUUCAAAUCCGCUUAAGAGUUUCAAUUGGUCGAAGUUGCCCGAUGCGAAAGUGCAAGGCACUGUUUGGAGUGAGCUGGAUGAGUCCAAAUGGUACAACAAUAUGGAGUUGGAGGCGAUAGAUAAGCUCUUCUCUGCUUACCAGAAAAAUGGUGUGGUUAAUGAUGGCUCCGUUGAGGAUCUACGUGUGAUGGGCAAACAACGCACAAAAAUACUCUCCGUCAUCGAUGGCAGACGUGCACAAAACUGUACCAUACUUUUGAGUAAAUUGAAGAUGAGCGAUGAGGAGAUCUCCAAGGCUAUUUUAUCUAUGGAUAGCAAUGAACAGUUAGCUCUCGAUAUGGUCGAGCAGUUGCUGAAAUUUACACCCUCUGCGGAGGAACGCGCACUACUGGAUGAGCACAGCGAAGAUAUUGAGUCUUUGGCGCGUGCCGAUCGGUUUCUGUACGAAAUUUCAAAAAUUCCCCAUUACGAGCAACGUUUGAAGAGUCUACACUACAAGAAACGUUUUAUGAUCACCGUUAACGAUCUAAUACCCCGCAUUCGCAGCGUUAUGGAGGCCUCUCGUGAGAUAGCGCGUUCGAGACGUCUGCGCAAGUUGCUUGAGCUGGUUCUGGCAUUGGGCAACUACAUGAAUCGUGGCGCACGCGGCAAUGCCUCCGGCUUCCGUCUCGCAUCUCUCAAUCGGCUGGGUGACACCAAAUCUAGUGCCGCUAAAGGCACUACCUUACUGCACUAUCUGGUACAAGUGAUCGAUAAGAAAUUCAAAGAUUUGCUCAAGCUAGAGGAUGACAUACCGCACGUACGUGAGGCAUCCAAAGUCUCGCUCGCCGAAAUGGACAAGGAUAUACAAAUGCUGCGCACCGGUUUGGCGGAUGUGGCGCGUGAAAUCGAGUUCCAUCGUUCAGCCGGUCCGGCACAACCCGGCGAUCGCUUCUUACCUGUAAUGCGUGAAUUCCAUGCGCAAGCCUCCGUACGUUUCGCCGAGUUGGAGGAUAAAUUCCAAGAUAUGAAAACUCGUUUCGAUCGCGCUGUGCGUCUCUUCGGUGAAGAUGGUGCCGUACUACAGCCAGAUGAGUUCUUCGGUAUAUUCGAUACAUUCUUGACCACAUUCGCUGAGGCGCGUCAGGAUAACGAAAACUUCCGCAAACGGCAAGAAGAGGAUGAGAAACGAGCCAAACAGGAGGCUGAGCUUAAGAAACGCACCAUCGAGCGCAAGAACAAAGAGGGUCUUAUGACUUCGGUUGCGCGCAAUUUGGGCCUCACAUCGUCUGCGAGCACAACGGGUCGUGAUUCGCCAGUGAGGGGCGGCGGCGAUAAUAAUAAAGGUGAAUUCGACGACUUGAUAUCAGCGCUACGCACGGGCGAUGUCUUCGGCGAGGAUAUGGCGAAGUUUAAGCGAUCGCGCAAGACACGCGCCACCAAUGGCAGUGCAUCGCCGCCGCGUGCGCAUGGCCUACAUCGUGAGGAGAGUCGCGAGCGCACAGUGCGACGCCAGUGAGCUGGUGAAAGGGUGCUCGCUCGUAUUGAAUUCUAGGUGCCGUGUAAGCGGAAGCUUUUUGUAUUUUAAUAAAGAAUUUUCUUACUCAAACGAUAUUGACGCAGCGCUGCGGAUUUGUGUAGUAGAAAGAGCGGCGUUGAAAUUAGUUUUUAUUGAUAGCGAUGGUUAGAGAAUUGAAUACCGAUAUGUAUGUAUGUAAAUUGAGCUGAGACGUUUUCGGUGUGCUCAGCGUUUUCUAGCUCCAGUGUAAGGAAACAGCACGCGAUAUAUGUAUGUACUAUAUAUAUGUAGUAAUGCUAUUAUUAUUAUGAUUAUCUAUUAAAUA